AUGAAUAAAAGGAUAUUUAGUUUAGUUUGCAUCGCCUUGUAUGUCAUUUUUAUUGUACCAACACAUUGCUCCGAACAGGAAGUAUCUGAUGCAGGAAAUAAAAGCUUUAGUGGUAUCGAAGAAAUAAACAGAAAUGACGAAAACAAUGAUAUAGAAUAUAAACACGAAACGCAAUUAAAGAAUAACAAUCCUAAAGAAGAUAAUGACAAAAAAAAAAAAAAUAAUAAAAAUAAAAAAAAAAACAGCGAUGAUUAUGAAUUUUUUCCUAUGGCAAGAUCAACGAGGGACGAAUUCCUCUCAACUUACUUGAGAAUGAGGUAUAGAACUUAA